GCCAACAGUGCCGACAUUUAAUGCAAGGGACAAGAUAUAGGUGUGCCUGAGAAUGGACAAGCACGAGUGGCGAGGUUGUCUGGAGUGGAAGCAACAGAAUCUUCCGCUGUCUACAACCAGCGAGGAGACAGUAAAAUUAUAUGAUGCUUUUCUCACUCAGUGGGUCAGCUGGCGGCCAGACCGCUGUCUAGGUGGCUUGGAGGGCACAGCCGAAAAACUUCUGGAAUCGGAUCCAAACUUUGUGAUGGGACGAGCGUUGGUCAACGGACUGGCCAUCAUGUCAGCAGACAGGUCGCCCCGGCUAGAUACCGGCUUGCGCGUACUAGCUUUGCGGUGA